UCUAUAGAGCAUGGAAACCAAGCUGAAAUAAAAGGCCUUUAUCCAAAAGUAUUAGAGGAGUUGCUUAUUAGACGAAAUUCUUUAAAAAGACGUCUGGCUCCAUUAAAUGAUAGAAAAGAAGAAUUAGAAAAGAAGAUUAGUUUGGCGAAAGCAAGGAGUGAGGACAUUACAGAUGGUUUAAAAUCUGAAUACUCUUCAGUUUGCUUCAAUGAUGCCUGUCUAGACACAAAACAACUCGCUUUAAAAGUAUAUAUGAAUAUGUUUUACAGUGAAGCUGGGAAUAGCGAGUCUCCUUUCUUCUUGCGAGCAUUAGCAAGUGGGGUUACAUCAGCUAGUCAGCGGAAUAUCAAGCUUAUUGCCAACCUUGUCAGAAGUAAAAGGUUCAGUAUAAAAUAUGGGGAUACAGAUUCCUUAUAUCUUAUAUGUCCAGAAGAGUGCUUUCAGGAAUGUGAUAAGGUAUAUGACAGUGGUAAUAGAAUCUCGAAAGAAGAAUAUUGGUUUAGAAUGGUGAAUAUCUCUAUGGAAGAAAUAGAAAGACUCUGUGAUGAAGUUAAUGUCUCUCUCAGAAAUGAUAAUGGAACAUCUUAUCUCAAAAUGACGUAUGAGGAAGUCUUAUUUCCGGUAGUAUUUACUGGAAAGAAAAAAUACUAUGGCAUUUCACAUAGAAGACAGCCCAAUUUUGAUAAUAAGCUUUUCAUUUGA